AUGGUGGUGGUACGAGAACAAGGGCCCCCCACACCAAUUUUCUGGACAAACAAAAACAAAAACAUCUUAGCCGCAUUCAGCUUCACAAACGACGACCCCACAACAAUAUACGAGUUCGACGCGUCGACGCUGAAGACUGUCGGAACUCCCUUCGAAGGGCACACCCAACGUAUUUCCAGUCUAGCACUUUCAUUUGACUCCACCCUCCUUGCCAGUGCUGCUGAAGACAAUACCAUCAAGCUCUGGGCUUACGAGUCCCGCCAACCCCUCGCUUCCUUCGACGUUAAAAAUCCCCUUCACCUUGUCCUCUCACCCGACUCGUGUCAGUUUGCUUACACGACAUUCGCCAACGAUGAUUACAAUGUCUACAUAUGCAACACUCCACCUGACGUCCUUGCUCAGGACGAGACAAGUGCACGACCCCUCAAUAAUCUGCUAAAUUCUGAUGCAACUCGUCGUCGUCCUGCCGUGCCCCACAGACCAACAAUACCUAUCAUACCUAUAGCGCGGAGACCUACGCCUACAAUACACCCGCAGCAACCCAUUUUCCUUCGCCUCCGCAAAUUUCUUCCCUUCUCUUCUCGCACGAAUGCAGUGCGCCCUGUUCAACCUCAUAAUCCCUUUGAUGUCUCUGCUACAUUACCCCUACCAUCAUCUCUCUCGGGGCAGGCCGCAACUCGGUUUGAGCGUUUCGAAAUAGAUUCUCCCCCUCCCCCCUCGAACGCUCCGGUCUCACAUUUCCUACGACAGCACCUUUCCUUCCUCAUGCCAAGACACAGCCAUGGGCCACCAGUCGUUGAAGUUGCACCAGGGCGGAAGUUCACUCGACUGCUUGCUGCCAAACUACCAGAAUACAGGAAAGUCAACGACACCCGACGUCUGCCUGGACAGCAGGCUGGGGCGCCCCAGGAUAUCGACUGAUCUGACAUUGAUUCGCUUCCAGACGUGCAUUGGUGCAAGGUGUUCCUGUGCUACUGUUCGUGCUGGUCGCACGGCAGACCGAGGAUGCCUCCUCGAUGGCACUUGCAGCGUGUUGAACCCCGCCCGGCUGUCACGACAAACGCUAGUACCA